GCUUAAGAAUUUUUUUAUAUCCGAAACAAUAUUAAAACAAUUAUUUCUUUUCUUUUACAGAUAAUUCUAACAUGCAUCUCAGCAACAUGAAGUCUGCAGCUUUGUUUUUGUUGUUGGCUUUACUUUUGGAAUCCGCAUUGUGUGUAAACUUGAAUCCACCAAAAUCAAAUUCAGGUCUUCACACUCAAGCACAAUAUGUUCAUGACAAAGAAGAUCCCCUAAAACAAUCUGAUCAAACAUCUGAAGAAGAACAACAGGAUCCUUAUCAACUGCUCAAUGAAAGAAUGCCUCCGCAAUUUAACAGUUGGAAUCCAUAUCAAAGUCAUCAACAGGCCACAAAUAAAUUUCUACCAUUUAUGGGAUAUCCUCAACCGAUCUUCAUUCCAUAUCCAUUGAUAAUAUCUCCAGAAAUGUUUUACCCAAUUAAUGGACAAAAUGAUAUAGAAGAUGCAAUGGCUCGAGCUGGAAAUCGAAGAACUCCAUCAUAUCGCAAUUCACCAAUCUACUAUGUGCGACUUCCUCCUACACCUUACAUGUUUAUUCCCGGUUUAGGCUAUCACUCACAGCCUGGAACUUUUCAACCCAACUUUUCUCCAAUUCUACCAUAUAACUCAUUUCCAGCUGUUCCAUUAAGUUCGAUCUUUAAUUUACCAGUGAAUUUCCUGGCUAAUGGUAAACCAAAUGGAAUUUAUCAAAUGGAAUCACCAAAUGAUUUACAAAGUCAAAUGCCAAUGCCUACUAUGACACCUCAACGACAACAUCCACUACCACCACCACCGCCACCAGCUUCAUAUCGACCAAGUUAUUUGCCACAACAACCUUUCAUUUCCCCAUCAACUGAUACCAAAAUGACAAACUUGAAAAGGCCGUUUGUCUUCAAUGGCCGACCGGAAGAUAUUUAUAUAUUACCAAACAAUUUUAAUCCAAUGCAAUCCAUGUAUCAGGAUUCGUUGUCGGGAUAUUAUUAAGAAUUAACAUAAAGACUGAUGAUAAGUUUUAGUUGUAAUUAGAAUAAGAAAACUUAA